GAGUCAUAAAAGCGGGCUAGUUUCAUUGUAAGGGUUGCUAGCCAACGAUUACCCUUCUUCUUCGAAACUCUCCCCCUCUCUCGAUCCAGCCUGUAUCGUUUGGAUGUUCACCAAUGCUUCUCAAGCCGACAGGGGGCGAAACGUUUUGAGGACAGAAAGGAUGCUACAAUACACGCAAUUAAAUUGAGUUGGAUUAACUUUCACUCAAAUGUUCUGAAACUCUGUUCAUCUUUACUUCAAUCCAUGUGACCAACCUCCUGCAACUUUAUUGUGAAGACAUUUAUGGAUUAAUCUUGUUCGCUAUGAUGACCAAAUCCACGAUGUCUCAAUACGUGUUUGCAGUUGUUUUUCUCUGUUUGUUUGUGCAGAAUGUUACCGCCAAGAGAGAGAUAUUCAGAUGCGACUUUGAGGACCCACGCUCGUCACUCUGCGGGUUUAGGGUUCAAUUCCCCCAGAAGAGCUUAGAGCAUCGGGAUGAACAAUGGGAUGUGAGGCGUGCCUGGGCGAGCAGGGGUGGACGAGAUGGGCCCACUACCGAUACUACACUCAACACCCCGCAAGGGUCCUAUGGGUACACCAAAGCGACGAACCAAACCGGAAGGUAUUUCUACAGCUUCCGGGUGAUGAUAGUGUCUCCGAGUCUGGUCCUGUCGAGUGGGCGUGGUCGACUGAGCUUCAGCGCUUACCUCUGGACCCACCUACACCCCGUACGGAAAGCGGACAACCUACCAACGUUCCGGGUGCGAGGGUGUGGCGACGAGAUUAGCUGGUCGUUGCAGGGACGCACAGCGGCCUGGCAGGAGGUGGACAUAACCAUCAACUGCAACAAGACGUUUCAGUUGGUGUUAGAGGCCAUUCACCGGAUGCCGGGGUCAAGUGUAGCUGUGGACGAUAUCCGGGUCACAAGUAUGCUUGAUCUGAAGGACCAUUUUCAGAACAGAGUGACGUCAUCCUCCUUCGACCACUAUGACGAAACAUUCACAUCACCUCCUACUACAACGACAGAGGGGAACACGAUCGACAGGUCCCUUCUUAUCACACUAUCUGGUCCAACUAUCGGAGCUAUAGUCGGCAUCAUCCUCGUCAUCCUCCUACUCAAUCUCCUUAUCUUCAUCAUCCUCAGAUUCAAGGUAAAAAAUGGUAAAAGAAGACAGGCAAGUCUGAGGCGCCAGAGCAAAGCCCAAAUCGAACAGCCGCACGAUACCGAAUCGGCUAUCAAGAAAGACCCCAUCCCUGUAGAUCAUCUGAAGAAGCGCUACAUCGAUGAAGACAACUAUAUCGUACCCGAUGAAGGUUUCUGUACCGACGACUUGGAGAAUACAUGCGAUUCCUUCAUGGACACAUCCACUUCAUGCGACACCAAUAGAUCUUCUGAGACGCACUACACCGGAUUGUCACUUGUUCGGACGUCCUCGAAAGAAGGGUCAUGGGAGAACCGACAACAGGGAGGUGAGACGAUAAGCUCUCUGGAGCAAGACCAGCCUCCAAGGGAGUAUUCCGUGAAACGAAAAGCACCUCUGAAACCAGUGUUGUCUCUGCGCUCUGAUGACGGAAAACCCGAUUCGCCACCGCCGAAGAAACCACCACUGAUACCGAAUCUUCGCAAGGAAACACUGACGUCAGACUCUGUGAUAUUUAACCUUCAUGGUAGGAGGAAAGAAUCCUUAGCUCUUGAGUUGCCAUUGUCUCCUAGAGGAGGCGGUAGGAAAGAGUCUUUGACUCCGGAGGCUGUGAUUUUUAAUCCUGGUGGUAGGAGAAAGGAAUCAUUGACCCCUGACCUGCCACUGUCUCCUAAAGGUGGUGGACGAAAGCAAUCAUUGACGCCGGAAAUCCCUUUGCCACUGUACAAAAGAAAGGAAUCCCUGACUCCAGAGAUCCCCGUCAUGCUAGUCACUGGCAGACGCAAAGAAUCGCUAACCCCAGAAACACCAGUUGCACCGAAGGUUGGCAAACGGAAGGAAUCGUUGAUACCCAAAGACGCAGAAGCAUUUCCAGAUGUUGGUAAACGAAAAGAAUCAUUAACACCCGACACACAACCCUUGACGCCGGAUAAACCCACCAUUUUAGUUCCGGGCCGACGCAAGCAGUCCCUCACGCCAGAAGCGCCCUCUCCUGUGCCACCAACAGGCAGGCGCAAGGAAUCUCUCACUCCAGAGACACCUACAAUGCCACUUCCCGAUAUUCCUCGCAUCAUACCCCCAACAAUACAAGUCAGCGGCGAUGUCUGGUCGUCCCCAGGAUACACAGAGCUAUCCCAUACCAGAAAAUCCAUCCGCAGGGACUAUGAAAAUGCACAGCUCGGUAAAGAAGACCAAAGCGAUAAGAACACAACACCAAAGAGCAAUUCAUUAAAUGUCAGCCAAGACGAGACUGGCUACCUCACGCCAUCAGGACUAUCAACGGGUCUCCCCUUCUAUGAGUCUGCAGAUCCCGUGAAGUUUGCGAGGGAACGGGCAAAAAGAAGCACCAGGAAACUCAUUCACGAAUACCAUGAUCUUAGUCACUCGAACAAUAAAUCCCAUCCGCAGUAUGAAUCGUCGGUAAUAAUGGCUACAACCCCUCCAAAACGAAUGCAAAUAUCCACCAUAUGGGAUGCAGACUCGGACUAUGAAGAACUGCAUAUCUAAAAAUGCAAUCAUGUCUGUGUAUUUUCUAAUGAUGGACAGCGGAUGAUGUUCAUUUUAGUGUUAAUGAGAGCAUGAUUAUUCUAAUUAAGUCAUGAAGAAACGAAGAGGUUCACCUAUGCAAUAAUGUAUUUUUUCAUCUGUAUAUUAUAUGUUGGAUCGUUGAGAAUACCACUUUCUUUCCAGGGGCCGCUUCAUAAAGCUGGUCGUAAGUUAAGAGCGACUUUAAGAACGACUGGUGAUCCUUUCUUGUGGUAAAUGAUAUUGACCAUUA